UGCUUUUAUUCAUUAUUUUACUCACAAAUCUAGAAGCGUUUCCAUACAGAAAAAAAGGCAUGGGAAGUCUAAACAUAUUGCCUCAAAAACACAGCAAUGAUCGCUGGAUUUAAUACAUUCAUUCGCGUAUCUUCAGCGGUGUGAGGAGAGGAUAGGAGUUACUCAACAACAAGUAUUAGCCUAUAAGAAAAUGGAUGAUUCACCAUCAAAGCAUCUUCUUGGCUCCAAGAAGAGAGUCAAAAUCCACCCAAACACAGUGACGGUCAAAUACGCCACUCACUUUCCCCAGCCUGGAGACGAGGGCUAUGAUGACGCUCCAUCUUUUGAAGACUUUGGCUCAUUUGUCGAAGAGACCUCAGACAGCAAGCACCUCACUGACAGCAAGUCAGGCAGGACUUUUUUUGGCGCGCUUGACAGUCGGUCCAAACUGGCUAGGGAUCAGAACGAGAAAGGGGUCGGAGGUCAGCUGCAGAGCUUCGGGGAGGCCUCUGUGUUCGCCUCACGCAUGACAUGGGCCGCUCUGUUUGGGGCGGCUCUGGCCCACGGCUGCGUGGCUCUCAUCACACGUCUAGCUGCUGACCGCUCUAGGGUGCCAUCGCUCGAACUUCUCUUUAUCCGCUCCGUCAUCCAGGUGUUGUCCAUCGUGGUGGUGUUUCAUUACCAGGAGCCUCCCUUCGGUCCUCAAGGCUACAGACUGCGUCUUUUCUUCUAUGGCGUGUGCAAUGUCAUCUCCAUCACGUGUGCGUAUACCUCCUUUGCCAUCGUCCCGCCCAGCAAUGGCACCAUCAUGUGGAGAGCCACCACAACGGUCUUCAGUGCCAUAAUGGCGUUUUUACUCAUUGAUGAGCGACUAGGAAUGACAGACGUGGUGACAGUAGUCAGUAGCGUCUUCGGCCUUUGCUUGGUCAUGAUUCCCAACAUUGUAGGCGAGCACCGGUCUCUGGGUUUCUGGAAGGAGGCCUUCGGCUACACCAUGACAGUGAUGGCAGGCUUAAUGGCAGCCCUGUCCAUGAUCAUAUACCGUGCCAUCAAAGAGAGGGUGAGCAUGUGGACUGCACUCUUCACCUUCGGCUGGACCGGAACCGUAUGGGGAGUGUCCACUAUGUUCAUCCUGCAGGAGCCCAUCAUUCCAUUAGAUGGAGAAACGUGGGGGUAUCUAAUCGGCAUCUGCGUCUGCUCCACUGUGGCAUUCCUGGGGGUCUAUUAUGCCCUCAACAAGUUUCAUCCCGCACUGGUCAGCACCGUUCAGCAUAUGGAGAUCGUUGUGGCUAUGCUUCUGCAGCUGAUUGUGCUCCACAUGGUCCCCUCAGUGUAUGACAUCAUCGGGGGUCUCAUCAUCAUCAUCAGUGUAGUCGUGCUGACAGCCGUAAAGCUUUUCUGGGUGGGCAAGAGCAAAAGACAGGAGUAUGAAGAGAUCCUCGACUCACCGAUAAAGUGAUCAAAGUUAUUGUUUUAUAGAUAUUAUUGUUGAGUCUGAUUUGUCAGGCCUUGAAUCACAGGUUUUUGCUUAGACACUAAAAGUUAUUGUGAAUGUUUGAGAAAAAGCUAUAUGUGAAGUUUACAGUAUGUAAAGUUUAUUCAUUGAUGAAGUGCCAUUGUGAAGUUGUCUUGGUGUUUUAUGUGAAGCUCAAAAAGGUGGUGGAUUCUUCUCGCCCGUUAUGAAGUAAUUAUAUAUGUUUAGCUAUGUCAUAUCAUGUUUCAUUAGGUAGUACAUCAAAAUAAAGGUUGCAAUGACAACAAGAGAUCUUUUCAUAAAUAUGCACUGCAAUUUUCCAAGUUGACAUGCUCAAUAGUGCCCUCUGUUGGUAUUUUGUGACUACAUGGCCAUGAGAAGUGGAGCAACAAUUUUUGGAACAGCCUGAUUAGCCUGAGUGAAUCACAUCAGUUUUGCAACAGUGAUGUAGUAAUGAUUCACUCCAGAGUCUUACUCAGUUUUAACCAUUGUACUGUAAUAAUAUGUUUUGGCAAGGCGUUCUCAGAUUUGAGGUUAAAGUCAAAAGGUUGCAUAGUCUCUGUAACAGACCCAAAAUAUUUGACAAAGUAAAUAAAAGUAAAUGCAUUUUCUUGGAAUAAAAAAGCCAAUGCACGAUCCAUGCAAACUUAAGAUUUUUCAUACAAUCAUAAUUUCAUUUACAACACCUGAAUAUAUCAGAGUUGUAUCUUUAAAAAAAUAACAGCAAAAAGUGUAAUGUUUCAAACUGAAAUAUUUACAAAGAUUUGUUUUCUCUUUAAUAAAAGCAUGUAUUUAUUUCACUGUGCAUUUGUGUGAGAAUCUAACCAUUUUUGAUAACCAAGUUAUAAAAAGAAAACAAAUUCUUGAAGCACAAUAAUAUUCCGUGUUUUGAAGGUUUUAUAGGACUUUUUCCACAGUGUUUACAAUUAAGGUGGUAGGAAUGGCCAAAUAAUCACAUUAAAACUUGAAUAAAGCUAGUGAAUUUAUAUUUUAAUAAUGUUGCUUCAAAAAAUGAUUUUAAAAAUGCUAAAAUAUAUAAAUAAAUAUGUUUGAAAUUAAUUUAAUGCUUAAGUUUAAAAUCAAAAAAGAUGAUGAAACCAGUAUGUGAGUUGCAGUGGUAAAGUAUCAAAUCUUUCCUAUACAUUUUAUCUGUGGACUGUAUGACAUCAUCUCAGUGUGCAACCAUGUCGUCAUAACAAACACUCAAACACAUUAAUCUCAGCGCAUUGAAAUUUGUAGGCUUAGAUUUGUGGGUUUUCUGAUAUCAUCGGCACAGGCAUGAAGUUCAUCCCAUAACAUCAUGUGCAAGCAUUUAUUGCCUCCCUUGAGAAAUAAACCGGUCUGGAUCAAGGACCAAUCAGUGCUGUUACCGCUGCUUCAAAGAAUGGCAGCCUGCUGGCUCACUGAAAUCUGAGUGUGUGCUGGAGUUUAGCUCUCUGACUGUAGAGAAGUGAUUGCUCAGAGGCCUCAUAAGUUGCAGAUGUGGUCUCUUGCUCAGUGGACUUCUCACAAUAUCACUCACAGAUGGACUUUUAAUUCUUAAGAGUUUGCACACUGAAUUCACCUGAAAAAAAACAUUGCUUGAAAACAUGUUCAUCAGACAAACAGCUACAUCCUAAAGGAUCCUUUGAUGUGUUGGAGCUUAGUAAAAAAAAACUCAUGCUAGGCAAGGAAAUAAUAAAAAAUUAUAUUAAAUAAAAAUAAUAAAAUAAAAAGUAGCUUUGCAAAGACCUGUCCAUAGCUUUUCAUUUGAUUUUAAUUGAUUUGAUUUGAUCAAGGUCUUUCCAGGCAUGUCAGGUGAUUUGAACAUCCCCUGAAAAGAAUCAGUUUAGAAACGGAGAACUGAAACAGGAUGUGUAAAUCUGAAGUGAGUGGGCUUUGCUGUGAAGUGUCACAUGUCAUAUAUCUCAUAAAUAUCUUUAUAGCUUUGCAUGUUCCCGAAUUCUCAUGUUCUUUAGGUCAUUUCGGUCUGUUUUGUCCCACAAACCCAUGUCUCUAUGGAUAUCAGUUUCAGCCACUCUCUCCCCAUCACCACUGUGAGACGUGUCUAACGCUGCUUCUCAAAGCAGAAGUUCAGUGUUGUGAGGAAGAAAGCCUUAGUGUUUGAGUCACAGCACACACGUAUUGGUUUAUACUUGGCCUUCCACAUUGAUUGGAUGUUCCUGUUUUUCUGAUAGUUUGCAAUUUAGAAACUUUUAGAUCAGAUUUUAGCAGACCAGACUUAAUUUGUAUAAUUCAUAAAUUGUUAAUUUAUCAUUUAUAAUCAGCGGAUCAUGGAUUGAAACUUUUUUUUAUUUACACUGGUCUAUAAUUGAUUGCUAUAUCAGUGUUAUCAUAUUGGUCUGGCAGAUCAGUUCUUCGCUGGAUAACCUUCAGACUGGACCAGAGUUUAUGCACAAUUUAAAAAAAGGAAAAUGUAUUUCACCACUUGUGUUUUUUUGAAAUGCAAAUAGUAAUGCAAAUGUCUCUUAAUAUGUGGCACAGCUAUGCUGUAUUAAGAGCACAUAGAUAAAGAAGAAGGUUUAUAAAGUCUUUAAUUUUCAAAGUGAAGACUACGAUGCUAUUUUACAUUUGAUUAUUCAGUUUCUACCUGGACACCUACAAGCUUGAAAAAACGUAAACAUAAAUUAAUGCUACCCUGUGUGUUGGAAUAAAGUCGUUCUAUUUAUUGAUUUGUGUUAUUUACACAAUGAUUAAAUUGAUUAUUAUUUCAGAAAUAUACAGUGAGCAUUGGCGACAGAAUGUGGGCGUGUCAAGACAUGCAAGUCAAGUGACAAAAAUUAAGAAUUGUUUAACUCUAUGCAAACCACAAAGGAGUGACAACCAAUAGGAGUGACGUGUGAGUGCCACUAACAGAUUCUUCACUCCUAUUAAACAAUUUCAAACAGGCCCCACUGCUGCAACCUGCACUGGGGCCCCGCAAACCCCAGCUACGGCCCUGCUCCUGAAAACACAUGAUGCCUGGUACCCUUCCCAUUUCUAUGAUAUGUUUUUUUUAAUUCUUGCCCAUUUGCUAUUAAGCUCCUGCAUUCCAUUGUAUAGUAGUAGGAAAGACAUUAUACAGCUAUGUAUUAUUACUGUAUAUGUAUAGGAGUCAUAUCCAAAGCAGCAGUUCCUUCCUUUGCUUUCAAAAUCCCAUGGAUCUCCUCCGCUGUAACUCCCGUUAACUUGAGAUAUUUGUUAGAACAUCCUAUGAUAAUCUUUAACUUGUCCGAUUUCCUUCCCACUUGUGAAGCACUAUUAACCACCUAAAAAAAUAUGAAUGCCACAAAGUCAGUUUUAUUCAUCAUAAUAUGUAGAUCUGAUUCAUUCCUCUCAGGAUUGAAUCCUUUCUGUGUAUAGGAUUUCGCCCUGAAUCCUUGCACAUCAGUUCUCCUUGUUUCAACUAUUCCUUUUACCUUACGGGUAGCUUCUACUUAUGUAAAAUUUUGCGCUGUUUUUAUUUUUUGAACUUCACAAGCUUCUUGUUGUAGGUCCUCCUCUGCAUUUACAGAUUUGCCAUAUUCAUGUUCUCCCCCACAUUUUGCACACUGCAUUCCCCUUUACAAAGAUUUGCAGUAGGUCCCAUAUAUUGACAUUUCGAAACAUCUCAAAGGUCAAGGUAUGAACUCUCAUACCAAGAAGCUUACAAAUCCUAGCUUCACUCUAAUCGGCAGAGUACUGCCUUCAAACUGAAUCGUUACGCUCAUGCUUUCACAUCUUUUCUUGUCUUUCCAAAUCUGCAUGCUUCUAGCAGAGAUGACUGUGCCUCCACUCAGACUUCCUUUAAUAUCAUCCAGGUACUUCUGCGCAUGCUGUCCUUCCUCCUGCCAGUGUUUUUAUUUUCAGAAUUUUUUGCUUCUGUUUUUCAUCCCAGAAUUUAAUCAUUCUUGUCAAGUUCUGAUCUAUUCCUUGUGCAAUUCCCCACUUGAAAAGGACAAUCCCUCCACAUGAAGCUUUUAACUGGAUUUCACUCAAUAAACAGCCAUGGGAACA